AUGGAAUUGGAAAAUAUGGCAUAAACAUCUUUUAUUUUAAAAAAGUUAAAAUAGAAUUAGUAGCCGGUUUUAUAAGGCCAAAAAUUAGAAUUGGAUAUCAAACAAAGCAAUCGUUUUUCUUAGCCUCCUAGCAAUUAAAAUGCCAAAACAUAAAAUUCCUCUAUUUAUUGUAUUAGAUUUCUGAGUAUGUCUAAGAGGUUUAAAAUUGAACAUCUAAAGGUUAAACAUUUUGUAGAUGCCAUUUAAAAUAUAUAGAACCUAACUGGAAAAGUUAAGGUAAUCGGAACUAUCUUUAAAAUUAUGAGAUUGAAACCUUAUUAUUUUUAAUAAUAUACUGAAAUAAAAAUAGCGGAAUCUGUAUAAAAUGAAGAAACAUGUUAUUUAGAGGAUAGAUCAGGCAGAAUUAAAUUAGAAUUUACAAAUUGUAAACUUAAUCUACCAAAUAAUACUUCAAAAACAAUAAAUGCGGAAGACUUAAUAACAGGGAUAGUGGUUCUGAUAGAAGGAGAAAUUGUUGGGAACAAUAUUGUAAAUGUAUAAAGCAUCAAUUUACCGGACUUUAUUGAUCCUCCUAUUUACAAGCCUUUAAAUUAAACGGCAUAUGUUUGUUUGAUGUCUGGAAUAAAUUAUGAUGUGGAAAAUAACACAACGAAAUUGAGACACUUAAUCCAAUAUUUAUAAGGGAAUUUGUAUUGUGGUUCUGGUGAUGAUGUCUCAUAAAGGUUGUCAUAAAUAAUCAUAGCAGGUAAUAUAUAUGGAAGAUAGAGAGAUGCAAAAAGGUGCUUGACAGGAUCAAUAAAAUAGUCAUAAGAUUUCAAGCAACUUUAUGGUUAAUUACAAGAAAAUAUUAAGGGAAUAGAUGAAUUGGUUAAUGAAUUAGCUGGCAUCAUUCCAGUCGCUAUAAUGCCUGGGUAAAAUGAACCAGUAUCAUAAAUACUUCCUCAAACAUCUCUACAAAAAGCUCAUUUUGGAGAGAGCUUUGAAAACAAUUCCUAAGUUUCUUUUUUAACAAAUCCAGCAGAAUUCAGUUUGGGGAACAUUCUUUUUGUUGGCACAAGUGGAUAAAAUAUUUAAGACAUUAAAAAAUAUUAAACUAUAAAAGAUUAGCCAGACAUAGAUUUGAUUGAGAUGAAUUUAUUCUAUGGGCACUUAGCUCCUACGUUAUAAGAUACUUUAAUUCAAUAACAACAAUUUACUAAUGAUCCUUUCAUUAUUAAUUAAUUGCCUAAUGUCUACUUUGUUGGAAAUAUGAAAAGUUUUGGAACAAAGAGAUUGUCAAAUAAUCUAAGGAUCAUUAGUAUCCCUUCAUUUUCAGAAAGUGGAACAAUAUGUUUACUUAAUUUAAGUACAUUGGACUGCUUUUCUUUUGAAAUCUAAUGA